UUUUCCAAAUUCACAGUAAGUCUUACUUUUACGAGGCUAUUUUGACGAGUCUCCAUGUAACCGGGAACGCUCUCUCUCUCUCUCUCUCUCUCUCUCUCUCUGCCAUUUCCCGGCGGCGGAAAAAUGAGGGCGGUGGUGAUCACGAAGCCGGGAGGCCCGGAAGUUCUUGAGGUUCAAGAAGUCGAAGACCCUAAAUUUGGAGACGAUGAAGUUCUGAUCAAGGUAGCGGCCACGGCCUUGAAUCGGGCGGACACCCUACAGAGGAUGGGAAAAUAUCCUCCGCCAAAGGGAGCCUCCCCUUACCCUGGCCUUGAAUGCUCCGGCAUAGUUGAGGCCGUCGGGAAGAACGUCACGCGGUGGGUUGUCGGCGAUCAGGUCUGUGCACUUCUUAGUGGAGGUGGAUAUGCAGAAAAAGUUGCAGUGCCAGGUGUUCAGGUUCUUCCUAUUCCACAUGGUGUUUCUUUAAGGGAUGCUGCAAGCUUGCCAGAGGUUGCUUGUACUGUAUGGUCAACUGUUUUUAUGAUGAGCCGCUUGUCUCCAGGGGAAAGUUUUCUGGUACAUGGAGGAUCAAGCGGUAUUGGCACAUUUGCUAUUCAAAUUGCCAAACAUAUCGGAGCAAGAGUUUUUGUUACAGCAGGAAAUGAAGAGAAGCUGAGAUUUUGCAAGGAACUUGGGGCAGAUGUGUGCAUAAAUUAUAAAACCCAAGAUUUCGUUAAACGUGUCAAAGAAGAAACAGAAGGCAAAGGUGUUGAUUUCAUAUUAGACAAUGUAGGUGGUUCCUACUUCCAGCGGAAUCUGGACAGCUUGAACGUGGACGGGAGGCUUUUUAUUAUUGGCACGCAAGGUGGCCCCAUUGCUGAAUCCAAUAUUAGUUGCUUCAUAGCAAAGCGUCUCACAGUACAAGGUGCUGGUCUAAGAAAUAGAACUACCGAAAACAAAUCUGUAAUUGUGAGUGAAGUUGAGAAGAAUGUUUGGCCUGCUAUUGAAGCUGGGAAGGUGAAGCCUGUAAUAUACAAGGUGUUUCCAUUAUCUGAGGCAGCAGAAGCCCACAGGAUCCUGGAAAGCAGCACACACAUUGGGAAGAUUCUACUGGUUCGUUGAUUUUAGCUACAAGAAAGCAGACAAGAUUGGCAAAUAGAUGGGAAGUUUUCUUUGUUGCCUCUGCUCCUUCAUUCCAUUUUAAUGUUGAACUGCGGAAAAUAAAUUUAAUUUCAGCUGUGAGCUCACGAAAAAAAAAAGAUUAAGUCCUGAUACCUGAUUAUUGUAAGUUACGGCAAAUUCUCACUGAGAAGGCUCUCCUACCUUUCUUGUUGUCUCGAA